UUAUAAUAUAGCUAUAUGAUGUUGAAAAAAGAGGCUGUGGCGGAAGCGCGUGUCUGUCCAGUUUGUCUGCAGCGUUGCGCGUGGAUGGAGGGCGUCUCCAAAUUCUGGCUACACGAAGCUUUGAUAUGCAUGCCCACGGAAGCGGGGGUGGGGUGUGUGUAUGUGUGCGCGCGCGCGUGUGGGGGGAGACUGAAACUCUGUAGACCUGCGCCUCCUUGCUGUUGGUCUCUGAGGCGUGACCGAGCUGUCGGAGGGGGCGUGGCGCAUCCACUGGCAAGUCAUUCUGCUUUCCGUGCCAUUCAUUUCAGGCUUGCGGAGCGCUGCUUACCGCGUCCAUGUGAUAACAGCUCAGACGGUCGGUCACUGAUCCGCAGCGCAGAAGGAAGCCCGCAAUUAGUUUGGAAACCUGCAGUAAUUCUGCCGCGCACCUGCAGCGCCAGUUCAAACCUUCACCUGGACCUGUCAGCUCACCUUCAACUGAAGAUGGAGCGCAAAAUUCCAGAUUUUUCCGGCACCUGGCACAUGAAAAGCUCCCAAAACUUUGAUGAACUUUUGAAAGCUCUGGGGGUGAACAUGAUGCUGCGUAUGAUUGCAGUGAAAGCAGCCUCAAAGCCAGAAGUGAAGAUCACACAGAACGGGGAGACGCUGUCCAUAAGGACGUCAACCACAGUCCGCACCACUGACAUCACCUUCACCGUGGGGCAGGAGUUCACCGAGAGCACAGUGGAUGGACGUCCCUGCACGAGUUUUCCACGUUGGGAAACAGAGAGCAAAAUCAGCUGUGAGCAGUCUCUGCAGAAAGGAGACGGACCCAAGACGUCCUGGACCCGAGAGAUCACGUCUGACGGCAAACUGAUUCUGACUAUGAGGGCGGAUGAUGUCGUGUGCACCAGAGUCUAUGAGCGACAAUGAACAAGAGCACUUCUCACUUUUUGUCCAUCCAGCUCCUUCUCAGCAUCACCGUGUCUGUCACCAGUCCUCACUGAACUGGGAUGUCAAAGCCUCCACGUUUACUCCACUUACCCCGUUAGCUUAACCGUGUUGUGAUGAUUGUAUUUAGCACGUCACAUCUGCGUCAUAAUCUCUGGAAACGCGACCAGCUCUGGUUUUAGACUUCUAGUUAGUGUGUGUGUGUGUGUGCGUGUGUGUGUGUGUGUGUGUGUGUGUGUGUGUGUGUGGAAACCAACUUUUGAGCUCUUCCAGUGUUAACACAUCUCUGUUCCUGUUGCUCUCCACCUUUUCUGAUCUCAUCACAACGUUUUAUAUUUAUUACGUCACCAGAUUUGCAUUUUAAAUUUGUGUCUCUUUUAUAAAAAACGUGAUUAAUAGUAAAACAACUCUUUCUACUGGGGAAAACAAUAAACCACCUCAUUAACUCACCUUUGACAUCAGCUCUUGGCUCCCCUGGACCUGAAGUGGUUAGGAGCACCAAGCAGGAAGUGGUGCUCCAGUGUUUUAUGGUUUGUGAGUGUCGCUGCAGAGUGUGUGCUGCAUUAAACGACUCCAUCUUAUUUUCGUCUUUCUGUCAGCUGGUUGCAACUAAAAUAACUUACGGUAUAUGUCCCUUCCCUUUUAAGCCUUCUCACCUCUCUAAAGUUGAUCUGAUCAUAACUUCCUGAUUAAAAAGCACUGUGCAAAAGUUUUAACAACUAUUUUUGAUUAUUUUGUUCCAAAAGUCUGUCUUCUGAGCGUUUAAACUCGUGUUUAUUGAUAAACUGAAGGUUUCCCGUGGA